UGCGCUAAUUUUGAUGCUAAUCCUAGUACGCCUAGAAUAUCAGGAAUGAGUGAGUACAGUUCUGUUUGCACAGCUAGCCCAGUCGAUAUAUACUUUUUCCUACACGAGGGACGAGUGCCUCAAAUCGGGAUCCCGAACUCAGGCCCCAGCCUCCAGCGGUCGCCGGCGCCGCCCGCACCGCGCCGGCCCCUCGCGGCCAAACCUCCUCCACCUCCAACCCCCCCUGCCUGCCUCCCCUCGCCGGCAGGUUGCCCGUCGCAGCUCGGUCCCGCGCCCGCGCCACCAGAGACAGCACGGCGAGCACCAGAGCAGCCUACGAGGAGUUGUUGUAUAAUCACGCAGAUUCGAGACUUACGAUUCAACUACAAUGUUGUGAAUCAAAAUCAAUUGGCUGUUCAUAUGUGCGAUAUUUUUCCUUUUGACAAGUGCGCCCACCAUUCGAUUUCUUUCUGGAACUCCGAAUUUUUCUGCUCUGCCAUUGCCACGAAAGCCAUGCCGAUGUUGCAUUGAGUGCGGCCUCGCACGUCUGGCGGCGAGGACCGCCUUAGCGUUCUCCAUGACGAUCUGAUCCUCCUCAUAGUAAGCAGGCUGGACACCCGAACAGUGCUCUCCAUGGCCGUCCUAGCCAAGCGAUGGGUUCGCAUCCCCCGCGAGCUGUCGGUGCUCGACUUCAGGGUGAGUGACAUACUCCCGCUGGAGUACGAACGGACCGUCGCCCUUCGCCAGCGCAACUUGCCGUGUGACGCCACUUUGGCCAGGACACUCGACGGUCUCAAGGCGCGAUGCGAGAUCGACACAAUCAGGUCAUUCACCAAUGGAAUCACGAGCUUCCUAGAAGCAGACAGUGGCCAUGACCGGCACGUGAAGACCCUCUGUCUUGAGUUUUUUCGCACAUACAAUAGCAUCUGUGUGGACCGCCUGAUCAAUGUUGCGGUAGGUUGUCGUCAGGCAAUCGUCCGGUUAUGAUCAGACGCAGACAUACAGAUUCCCCCACAACUGUCUCAACCUCCGGUCUUGCCUUCGCAGCCUGACGCUAGGCAAGUACUGUGCACUGCCACCGCUGCAUAGCUACAACACGCUCACCAAGCUCAUCCUGCGUAACAUGUCUGCUUCCACGCCCGUCGCCAUGUAUGAGAGGGUGUUCGAAGACUGCACCGGGCUGCAAGUGCUUCACCUCACGUUCUGCUGCUGUGCACAUACCACUCUGGUGGUGGACGCGCCGUGUUCACAUAUCAGGGAGCUCGUCCUGGAAGAGUGCUCGUUCUUUGUGAUCGAGCUGCGCGACUUCCCAAUGCUUGUCCGCCUGGCGUGCUGCCUAACCCACACUUCAAAGAUUCUAUUUGGCUCAGUUCCGAGCCUCAUGGACAUUAACCUCUCAUUCUCUCUAGAGGAUGAUAGUAAAGUGGCAGCACGAUGGAUAGAUGAGUUCGACUCGUUCCUUGGUAUGUCCCCCACCAUAACGAACCUUGUCAUCCGAUUUAUUGGGCGGAGAACAUGGAUUCGGCCCAGUCAUCUAGAGAGGAAGUUGCCACACCUGAAAAAGCUCAGUCAUCUAGAGAGGAAGUUGCCACACCUGAAAAAGCUCCUUGUCGCUGACAUGCCUUCAAAUUGGGAUAUCUCAUGGACACGUGGCCUCCACAUGGCCUCGACAUUUCUUGAGGUCCUGCACAUCCACGUGCCCCACUCAGAAAUGGAGCCAGAUUGCAUGCGCGGGAUGAAUUGGUCGAAAUCAGGCAAUGAGCUUCGACACCAUCACCUCAAGGAGCUGGUCAUGAUUGGAUACACGCAGCGUAACAUAUGGCUUUUGAAGUAUGUUGUGAGGGUGUGCACAUCGUUGCAAUGCAUUGUUUUGCUGAAGGAUGGCAAUGUUCGGUACAUCGGACUCUAGGAUUGGCGGAUGGUCGGGCAGCAAACAUGUCCAUGGAGCGAUGAUGAGAAAAUGGUGGUGAGAAGAAUGAUGAAAAAAAUUGGGCUCAGGCCUCUUCCUGAACUGAUCUUAGGAUGAUCUCUUUAUUUAUUCUUAUGUACACAUUGUUAUGGAACCUAGAGGGAUCUUGUGAUCGAUGGGAAAAAUAUGUUUGUCCUCAGUUUAGUUUCACUC